AUGCAAGUGGCGAGUUCAAUUGUUGUCGAAAUUGGGAAGUGUGCAUGGAAUCCUCUUAAGGAAUACAUGGGCUAUCUUAUUCAUUUUAAUGACAACAUCAAAGACAUGAAAUACAGUGUACAAAAGCUGGUGGCAAAGAGAGAGGACAUAGAUCGACAGAUAAGCACGGGCUGCUCCAAUGGUGAAGAAGUAACCGAAGAAGUUAGUUUAUGGCUAACACAAGCUACUCUCAUGGAAGAAGAAGCAGGAACGAUAGAUCAAAGAGUAACAGAAAAUAAAAGAUGUCUAUUUUGUCCGAAUCUGGGCUGGUAUCACAGUAUAAGCAAGCAAGCGAAACAGACUAUGGCGAUGAUUGCUAAGCACCAUGAUGAAGGUAAUUUCGAGAGAAUGACAAUGGCACCUCCCACUCCGACAGUCUUAAACCAACCAACUCCAUCAGUUGAGGAUCUACCAUCAGUAGAAUCAUCCCUUGAAAAAGUCAUGAAUGCUUUAGCUGAUAAAAAUAUCAAAAUAAUUGGUGUAUGGGGCAUGGGUGGCGUUGGUAAAACUACCCUCGUGAAAAAUGUGAACAAUAGGUUGAAAGAGGCAGAAUUCAAGAAAGUUAUAAUGGUGACCGCUUCUAAGGACGUGGAUAUCAGAAUGGUUCAAGGCGACAUUGCAAAGAGAUUGGGUUUCAGACUCAUGGAUGAGACAGUAUUGUCACGAGCAAGUGAUCUGAGGAUUAGGUUGAUACAAGAAAAGAAAUUUCUCAUUAUCUUGGAUGAUUUAUGGGAGCAGAUUGAUUUGGCUGAUGUAGGGAUUCCCUCUAUUAACAGUCUUGAGGGUUGUAAGAUCAUAUUUACAACACGGAGUGAAGAUGUCUGUAGAGGAAUGGAAAGUCAAGUUAACAUUAAAGUACAUGUGCUCUCAGAUGAUGAAUCUUGGAAACUAUUCAAAGAGAAAGCAGGUGAUGUUGUUGAUGACCCUUCCUUGCAUACAAAGGCAAGAGAGGUUUUCAAGGAAUGUGGUGGUCUUCCACUUGCAAUUAUAACACUUGGAAGGGCACUAAGAGGUGUGAGAAAUUCUAACGUGUGGGAUAAUGCAUUGUCACAGCUGAAGAAGUCCGCACCAAGAGAUAUUAGAGGUAUGGAGGAUAGGGUGUAUCAGUCUAUUAAAGUCAGUUAUGACCAUUUACGACCUGAGCUGAAACCGGGCUUCUUAUUCUGCAGCUUAUUUCCUGAAGACUAUGAUAUUGAUGUAGAGAGGAUGAUCAGAUUGUGGAAGGGUGAAGGCUGUUUGGAAGAUGUUGGAAGUUUGGAGGAAACAAUAAAUAAAGGGCAUUCUUGGGUUGAAGAACUCAAAUCUUCUUGUUUGUUAUUAGAAGGUAGAGGGAAAGGGUAUGUGAAGAUGCAUGACAUCGUUAGGGAUGUUGCCAUUUCGAUUUCGUUAAAAGAAGAUGAGGGCUGCAAAUCUUUGGUGAGAGCUGGAGUUAGACUGAAAGGUUUGCCAUUGGAACAAAACUGGGAAGAACAGAAGAGGAUCUCUCUCAUACGAAGUGGAAUUGAUAAACUGCCAGAAGGUAUGCAUUGUCCUAAAUUACUUACAUUGAUGAUGCCAGAAAAUAAGCAGCUGACUAAAAUUCAUGGUCGGUUUUUGAAAGCGACAAAAGACCUUAGGGUUUUAGAUCUAAGCGGAACGGCUAUCAGUAAGUUACCACGCUCGCUAUCAAACCUAGUCAAUCUAAGGGUUCUUUGCUUGAGAGAGUGCAUGUUUGAAGGGAGUUGUCUUUCAGCACUUGGGGGACUAAAGCAGCUUGAAUCCCUCGAUCUGUCAUAUAACAAAUACUUACAAGAGCUACCAUUUGAAAUAGGAGAAUUGGUUAAUCUGCAGAGCUUGGACUUGACUAUGACUUUGAGUCUUGUAAUCUUUCCAAAGGGUGUUAUAUCAAAGUUGACUCGCUUGGAAGAAUUGAAGAUGUGGGACAGCUUCUGCAAGUGGGGAGUUGAAGGAAAAGAUGCAAGAAACAACAGCAACAGCACUACUUUGGGUGAGGUGGCAUCUUUGAAAGAGUUAUCUUAUUUAGACCUCCAGAUUGUGGAUGUGGAACGUUUACCACAACACUAUCCUCAGAUUAAGCAUUGGGCAAAGUUGAAGAAAUUUCGUUUCUGUGUAUACCAAUCAGGGUAUGAAGGAAUUGCAUCCGAGUAUGAAACUAAGUUCAUCUCCAGUUCCUUGAGAUGGAUGUUGCUGGGUGGUUGUAGUGCUAUCCCUCAGUGGGUUAGAAUGCUUUUACCAGAAACUACCAGUUUACGAUUAUAUGAUUGUAAAGGUCUAAGGGCACUUGAUGGUUGUGGAGGAUUCGCAAGUUUGGAAGACCUUAAAAUUCAAGAAUGUGUUGAUAUAGAAUUUCUUGUCAGUGCAAAGAAGACUCCUGAAAAUACAUUUCAUAAUUUACAGAUAUUAAAGUUAGCAGAUCUUCCAAAUCUAGAGAAAAUCGUUGCUGAGGAAGAAGAUGGUUUGCUUUUGGACACAUUCUUUCACAAUCUUAAGACGCUGGAAGUGUAUGUGUGUGGAUUAAAGCAUCUACUCCCAUCUAGUUUAUUGCAAGGAAUGAAGAAUCUAAGCAAAGUCAAUGUCCAAUUUUGUGAAGGAAUGGAUCAUGUGUUUGUUGGACCACCCAUGGAAAAACAACACAAUGAUAUUCUCACCAAACUCAUGAUCUUGAAUCUUCGACAUCUAAGAAGCAUGAGAAGUAUUUGUGAAAUGGGGUUAGUGGUAAAGCUUCAAAACCUCACUAUUCUGACCCUUGAGGGUUGCCAUAGCUUGAAGAAGAGUGUUAUGUCGUCGAUGCAGAUGAAGGGCGGGCUCCCUAAUCUUUUCAAGCUCAGCGUGAAUAAUUGUAAAGGAGUGGAGGAGAUUAUUUCAGAUGUGGUGGAUGAUGAAGGUCUCCUACCUAAACUGAGUCUUUUAACAUUAACCUCCUUACCGAAUUUGGAGCGCAUAUGUGGAGGUGGAGAGGCCACUCACCAGCUAAAACUGGAUUGGCAUUCGUUGCAAGAAAUUCAUGUGCUGAAAUGUCCCAAGCUUAAGAAGUUGCUGCCACUGCAAGGUGGGACCCACGGUGUGCCCGCUGUGCGAAAGAUUACGGGAGAAAGGGAGUGGUGGAGGGGAUUGGAAUGGGAUGGAGACGACACCAUCAUAACCCAUUUCUAUCUCUUGUUUACACCGAGGCGGCGAUGGCAACAGUCAAAAAUGCGACUUCAUGUUGAUGCUGAGAAGAGAAUCCAAGAUGUAGGUAGCAUCAGAAGCUCAUGGAAACCUCACCACCAUGGAAAGUUGCCAACAUGA